UUUGCAACAGUGAGUCCGUGUUUCAUUGAGUAAAACGAGCCAGUUCUUGGAAUCUCAUCCUUGAUCAGAACACUUCUUCUGAAGUAUGGACUUUAUUUAGUAGGGGCUUUUUGUUCAUUUCUUUCAAGAUAGUUUCAAUGUUUAAAGACAUCGCUUAAACCCCGACGGCAGCUUGGACUUUAUAACAUUUUGAGUUAGGCUCGACAGAGGUGAACUGUGUGUGCGUGUGUGUUGUUCGAUGGACAUCACAACAUCGUGUUCCUUUGUACAGCCCUGGAUUUACCCCAGCCUCGAUACGCGUCCGGAGUUGGUCUGGAUUUCUUGUUGAUCUCCUUCUCCACUGUGUAUUUCGGCGAUGUGAUCUUGAGUUGCAUCUUGCCGGGGAUGGUUCAGUGGUGAGAAACCGAAAGACUCUUGUUUCCCUUCUGGUGAUGUUUCGGAUCUGAAUUAUCACCCCCGACGUUUAUUCCUUCCCACGACUCCGUAGAAGUCCGUUUUGGGAGCAUUUCUGUGUGUGCGGCCGUGUGUGAUUUUUGUUUUAAUUAAAAAAACACUGGGGGAGUAUUGAGAGGAACAGCAUCCAAGAUGUAUCCACAAGGCAGGCAUCCCGCACCUCAUCAGCCGGGACAGCCGUUUAAGUUUACGGUGGUGGAGACAUGCGAUCGCAUUAAGGAGGAAUUUCAAUUUCUGCAGGCGCAGUACCAUAGUCUCAAGCUGGAAUGUGAGAAGUUGGCCAGUGAAAAGACAGAAAUGCAACGGCAUUACGUCAUGGUAUGUACUCAAUAUUAUGAAAUGUCCUAUGGAUUGAACAUUGAAAUGCAUAAACAGGCGGAAAUUGUGAAGAGACUAAGCACAAUUUGUGCGCAAAUUAUACCUUUCCUCUCCCAAGAGCACCAGCAACAGGUGGUCCAGGCAAUAGAGCGAGCCAAGCAGGUCACCAUGGCUGAGCUAAAUGCCAUCAUUGGGCAGCAGCAGCUCCAGCACCUGUCCCAUCAUGCACCUCCAAUUCCGCUCACUCCACAUCCGUCGGGGCUCCAGCCUGCAGGAAUUCCUUCCAUUGGCGGUGGCUCAGGCCUCUUGGCUCUGUCCAGUGCCCUCGGUGUCCACGCCCAUUUAGCAAUGAAAGACGAUAAGAAUCACCUGGACAUGGAGCAUCACAGAGACCGAGAUCGCGAUGCCAGCAGAAGCAAAUCUGUGUCUCCGUCCGACAGCCUGCGUGCUGAAGACAAGCACAGAGGCUCCCUCGACUACACCACUGAAGGCAAGAAGAGGAAGUGCGAUGACAAAGACUCGGUGGGACAUUAUGACAGUGACGGCGAUAAGAGCGAUGAUAACUUGGUCGUGGAUGUUUCAAAUGAGGAUCCAUCAUCUCCACAAGGCAGUCCACCCCACUCUCCCCGAGGGAACGGGCUGGACAAGUUUCACCUCCUGAGGAAGGAUGCUCCAAGCAGCCCUGCAUCUCUAGCCUCAUCGCGCAGCACACCACCCGCCAAAUCCAAAGAGCCAGGCCUGAAUGAGAAGGCCACCACUCCGGUCUCUAAGUCGAUCACCCCUACACCCCGGAGUGAUUCCUUAACCCCUGGGCCAAGUUCUGCGUCUCGAUUGCGACAAAUUUCCAGUAAACCGAGUGUGGAUGCAUUGGGUCUAAGGAGCCCACUGACCGUCCCAGGCCCCUACCCAACGCCAUUUGGAAUGAUGACACAUGCAGGAAUGAACGGGGAGUUGCCCAGCCCUGGGGCCUACGCAAGCCUCCACAUCUCACCUCAAAUGAGCUCUGCAGCUGUGUAUGGGCGAUCGCCAAUGGUUGCUUUUGACUCACAUCCUCAUAUGCGUGCUUCAGGACUUCCUCCGAGCCUGCCCACAAUUCCUGGGGGAAAACCGGCCUACUCGUUCCACGUAAGUGCCGACAGUCAGAUGCAGCCUGUCCCAUUCCCUCCUGACGCCUUGGUUGGUCCAGGCAUUCCUCGGCACGCUCGGCAGAUCAACAACCUGAAUCACGGCGAGGUUGUGUGUGCCGUUACCGUCAGCAACCCCAUGAGGCAUGUGUACACUGGGGGCAAAGGGUGCGUCAAGGUGUGGGACAUCAGCCAGCCCGGCAGUAAAAGCCCCGUCUCUCAGCUUGACUGUCUGAACCGGGACAACUACAUCCGUUCCUGCAAGCUCCUGCCUGAUGGACGCACUCUGAUAGUGGGCGGGGAGGCCAGCACGCUUUCCAUCUGGGACCUGGCAGCACCAACUCCACGAAUAAAAGCCGAACUGACCUCGUCAGCUCCCGCCUGCUACGCUCUCGCCAUCAGUCCCGACGCUAAAGUCUGUUUCUCGUGUUGCAGUGAUGGCAACAUUGCCGUGUGGGAUCUGCACAAUCAGACCCUGGUCAGGCAGUUCCAGGGGCACACAGACGGAGCCAGUUGCAUUGAUAUUUCAAACGACGGGACCAAGUUGUGGACCGGUGGCCUUGAUAAUACUGUCAGGUGCUGGGACCUGAGGGAGGGACGACAACUUCAGCAGCACGACUUCACCUCGCAGAUUUUCUCCCUGGGGUACUGCCCGACCGGUGAGUGGCUCGCGGUUGGCAUGGAGAGCAGCAAUGUAGAAGUGUUACACGUCAACAAGCCGGACAAAUACCAGCUUCACCUUCAUGAGAGUUGCGUGCUGUCACUCAAAUUUGCCUGUUGUGGUAAAUGGUUUGUAAGCACUGGGAAGGACAACCUUCUGAAUGCAUGGAGGACUCCCUAUGGAGCCAGUAUAUUUCAGUCAAAGGAAUCCUCCUCAGUGCUGAGCUGUGACAUUUCAGUGGAUGACAAGUACAUUGUUACCGGCUCAGGAGAUAAGAAGGCUACUGUCUACGAAGUGAUCUACUGAGCAGCCACCUUUAAGAAGCAAGAAAUCUAAAGGGACACCAAGCUGUUACUGGACAUUGGAUUUAACGAGGGACAAGGUCAACGACAGCUACUGCCAAAGCAGACUGCAUUUGUACUGUUAAAAGCUGCAAUAUACUAUAGAGUGAAAUCUUCAGAUAGAGUUAGGCAAAAGAAAGGCUCACACACCUGGGGCAUUUGUCUUGUUUAUACAACAUAGCAAAACUGUAAUUGUGGAAAGUGUACAUAUUUCUAAAAAGAAUUUGCAAUGAAUGCUGUAGCCACAAAUGAUCAUUCAUUCAUGAAGUCCUUCCUUACUGUCUUUACUUUUGGAAAGCAGGGCCCCUGAUGUAUUUAAUUGCUCAACCACAUUCAACAAUAUCUAGGGGACAAAUGCACUGUGUAGAACUAUUUUGUGAUUUAAGCAGCAGUUUCGACAUGGAAUUUAGAAUGCUAUUGUCUGAGAAGUAUCUCUAACCCAACUCUGCAUUUCUUUUCUAACAAAACUUGUGCCACCAAUUCUUGUGUAGGGCACUACUCGACAGCACAUUACCACAGGGGAUAAAGGUUCCAUAACUCAUCCUGUGAUCACUUUUCCAACCCAGUCACCAUUCAGGAUGUCACACUAUGUAAUUGCAUCUGUAAUUCACUGGCAGAAGGGGCGGUGAAAGCAGUAUCAGUCAAUUCAAAGGGAAUUGGAAAGGCCCUGAGGGAAAGUGAUGUGCAGGGUUUUGGGGAAAGAGCAGGUGGAUGGGAUGGACAAGAUUACUUGAAAGGAUACUGGGCUGAGUGGUGUGCCCUCCUUCAGUGCUAAGACAAUUAUAUACUUAGAGCUUCAACCACCAGCAGGCAACCAUUGAUGUUAUAUUCACCUGGUCCCUCCUACUCCACUGCAAGUGAGGAUGCCUUUCAUACCAAUAGAACCGAGUGCAAUGUUGUCAAAUUAAAGAUGCCGUGUGACUCCAGUGUCUCUUCUUCUCCCCAUCACUCCCCUCCCCAAACUACUUUCAAAAUCAUUCUCUUUAUGGAAAUUUUGAACUUGAUGAAUGCAAGUUGGAUUACAGUGUUGGGUCUUGCUUCUCAUGAAGUACUUGAGUACUUUUCUGGGAGAAGCAAAAUCAAUACCCCAUCACACGAGAGACCCGAUGAAACAUACGGUAUGAAUACACACUGACAGAAGAGGACCAGUGAAGUAGUGUACUGUGAUUCAAAGAAAUAGAGUUUAGGGAAAGGUGAAUGGAGGGACUGAACAUGCGAUGUACUAUAUUAUAUUGCAGCUUCAAAAAUAAAAUUUUGCACUCAAAUGUGCAUUUCAAGAACAAGCUUCUCUUUUGUACAGGUCUAUGUAAGUGACUGACUGUAGAACCCUGCUGUAUAGUAAAUAAACAAACCAAUUAAACAGGUACAUCUCUGCACACCA